AUGACGCCCGUCGUUCGCAACCUGCACCUUGUCGCUCCGGACCGCCCUGCUCACCAACACUCGACCAUGGUAGAUAAGUUCCCCUCGUGUCCGCUGUCCAACACAGCCCCUCUUAGAGCCUCGAUGGCCCGUUUGGAGUUCGGUCUUGUAGCUUCGCAUUGUGCCCGCCCAGUUUGCCUUAGAUCCCCUGCGCGCUCCCUUUGCUAGAACCUCGCCCGACUCGCGCGCUCUCGCGCCUCUCUCCCUCUUCUCUAUCGUUUCACUCGCCUAGUCAGACUGCUGAGUUUCGGUAGAGAACAGAUCGCUCGGCUGCGCCGCGUCCGUCCCUCCAGGCCGCGUCCUCACCGCCUCGCGACUUCUCGACCGGGGAGCACUUUGCCACGCCGUCCUGCCUCGCAACCUCCCGAAACGAUCCGGCUCGUGCCGUCACACGAAUCCCCAGCGACCUCCGGUCCCAACUUAACAAAAUCCACCUGUGGCUCUGCUUCCAGUACGUGAGCUGUGACCCGAGUCCACCACUCCCCACACCUCGGCGAGUGGAAGAGCAGUCUGUGACGUUCAGCGGCGACCGCACUGAUUGCUGUAGGCGCAAAUGAUCAACUCUUUACAGUGGGUGCGUUAUGUGGCAAGGAGUCCCACUUCGAGCAGCUAGGCGGCCAAGGUCAUGUCCUAGGCCAGCCGACCGCCAAGGCACCGCCGCGAAGCAUGUCGAGUGGAGUCGUUGAACAGCCCUCGCCUCGUACACUGUCCCAAACACUCGGAAGUUCCCCGCUCCCACCGCCUGCCGCUCUCGACUCGACACAGGAUCAGGAAGGCGCACAUCGGAGAGAAGCGAUGCUUCGCGCCGCGGAGGAGCGCAAUCGAACUGUGAGUGAACCAUGGUCCAGGGGAGCGUUUGCGGACGACCGUCGACCUAUACCGUUUUGGGUCUACGCCAGCUCAAUACUGAUCAUCCUCAGUAACCUGACCGCUCAGGCCAACUCGAGAGGGACGUCGGGUGGCAAGCUGGCGACCCAACUUGCAGCCCAAAGAGCUGAUGGCAAUCGCGCUGUUGAUGCGAGGCACGCCGGCGAGACACGUGACUUGCCACUGGUGGUUAGUAACUGCUGGAUCCGCAUAACAUAUUUCGGAACGACCUUCAGACCAAGCAUACUGAUCACUGGUUGGUUACCUAGUGGGAUUAAUUCACGUGAUCUUGCUCUGUUUUAGUCCGGGAUCUGAAGACAGCCAUCAACUGUGAAACUUGAACUUGAACAGCCUCACCAAGUUGCUGGAUUCAUCAAGAAUUAGAACACACGACACCAAGCAAAGAUGCAAAAAGGAUAAGCCAAGUAAAUGCACGCUUCAGUUUAGCCAUGUGAUGCUGAAACCGCAAGCUGUGCGUGAAUAAAGGCAACUAGUAGCGUCGCAACCCCGAACGGCCGGAGAUCAAGGCUGCACUGGGGCCGAACGACAACGCAUGUAACUGUCUGGAUCUCAUUGCACGAGGGUUUGAAGCCAAGUCCGGCAACAAGCAACGCGCAGGCUGUUUCAGCGAUGAAUAG